AUAGGCCCCGGUGGGUUGCUGUCGCAGGCAGACGCCAUGGCUGAGGCUGGCGUAGGGAGAAAGAAGUUCCCCAAACAGGAGCCGCUCAGUCCUUGCUGGUUCUGUCUCAGCAGUCCGCAGGUGGAGAAGCAUCUGGUAGUGUCCAUUGGCACAGACAUGUACAUAGCCUAUGCAAAGGGUCACUUAGUGUGCGAGCACGUGCUUAUCCUGCCCAUCAACCACAUUGGGUCGACACGGCACCUGUCCGAAGAGGCCAAGACCGAGCUCAAACAGCACCAAGCGGCGCUCAAGAAGUACUACAAAGAAGUGCUGGGCAUGAACCUGGUCAUGUUCGAACGCAGUUAUGCCUCUCGACAUAUGCAGAUCCAGUGCAUUCCCAUCUCGAGCUCAAUACCAACGGAGGAGGUCAAGGCCGCCUUCCGAUCACACGGCAACCUAUCAGGCUUUCCCUUUGACGAUGUGAGUGCACCCGACAAGGACACAGCUACCACACCCAACCCACCCCAUUCACGCAACAAGGGCUUCUUCUUGGUGGAGUUUGCCGAUGGCAGCCAAAUGGUGCAUACGCAUGUGCCGGGCGAGGAGCGCUUUCCGUUGCAAUUCGGGCGGGAGGUGAUUGGCUCUGAGAAGAUUUGUAACCUGCCCGACCGGAUCGACUGGAAAGCCUGCAAGGUGUCACUGGAAGAGGAGACUGCGCUGGUGCAGCAGAUGCGAAAGGCCUUUGGGCCGUAUGAAGUGGAGGAUUGAUUGAUCACGGUUUCACAUACAUUCAAUAAACGCAAUAACGAAACGC